AUGGCAAAUGGAGGCUCAGUGGGCACACCAACGCCUCAGUUUCCUACCCAUAAUGCUCCCCGGGUGUGGCUAUUGACGUCCGGGGAUUCGCCUAUUGGGAUCUCUGUCGCCCGUCAAGUCCUCGAGCACGGCGACUAUGUGGUCUCAGGGAUCAUUCAAGCUGAAUUUGAGAAUGACGGGGCGCGAAGUCAGGAAUUCAAGCGAUUCUUGUCUCAGGUGGGACGGACACCGGGGAUGAAGGAGCGGUUGAAAGUUGUCGCAUUGGACAUCAGAGUCGUUGGCCAGUGUCAGGCCGCCGUGGCGGAAGCAGUGCACACUUUUCGAAAGGUCGACAUCCUCUUCUGCUGUACUAGUGAAGCUGUUGUCGGGACCGUCGAGGAGCUCUCUACCAACCACCGCACUCUUACGCUGGUGCGCGAUCAAUUCGAGAAGAACUUCUUUGGGCCAAUGAACAUAAUCAAGGCCGUCGUUCCCCAGAUGCGAUCACAGAUGAAUGGACACAUUAUCGUCCUCACUGGUGUAACAGGUCACCUCGGCACUCCCGGCUUGAGCAUGUACUGUGCCUCUGGGUGGGCACUCGAAGGUUUCUGCGACAGCAUUGCGUAUGAGAUUGCACCCUUCAAUAUCAAGUUGACCAUCGUCCAAGCGAGUCUCGAGAUUGGAAUUCUAACCAACAAGAUCACCUCAGCACCACUGAUGAAAGAGUAUACUCCAGAGUUUGGUCACACGGCGCCCAUAUUUCGGGGAAUAGUGGACGGUCUGCUGAAUCGACUACCGGGCAUCCGGGCCCAGUUUUCACCUCCUCCGGAAAAGGAAAUCCAGUCUCCAUCUUCAGAAGCCGAGAGGCAAAGCGGCCCUUACCUCCUGAGUCGAGAUGAGGUUGUUAGCUUGUAUCCACCUCUCAGUCAUGCGCAUACAGAGAAGCUGAUAUCCGAAACUGUACAUGCCCUGACAGCUAUUGGUGGGCAUGAAAAUCCCCCUGCGCGUCACAUUGUUGGAGUGGAAGGGGUCAACGCUGUCAAAGAGAAGCUCAAAACCGUAAGCGAGGAGCUGGAGGAAUUUGUGGAUACGAGUGCAUCAGCCGAUAUCUAUCCCCGACACGGUGGCGGAGGACGCUCAGCAGGUACGGGAGAUGCGGACAUCAAGGAUCUGGAAGGGGAUAUCUUCGACGCAGCUCUGGGCCUGAGAUAG